UAUUACUACCUGUAGCAACUUUGGUUAAUUCUUUUUGUAAGAGUUACCAGUUUCUUAUAUGUGUGUGUUAAUUCUGCCCAGAUUAAUACAUGCAAUGGCUUCUAGUUGGCUAUUUCCCAAAUAAGCUUAUAAACCCAAGCUGCGGACUGAAGACUGGACUGGCUGAACUCUGGGAAUCAUUUGCAUCUGUGUCACUGGAAAAUGUUGGCUGUUGCAUUGCAAUGUUCGGUGAACUAGCAGAAUUCAUGUGCGUUCCGGUCGGUAAGCCACCAAGUGAAGUCUGUGGAGGAUUGUUAGAUGAUGAUGCUUUUGGAGACUGGAAAGGAGAAGGAUUGAGUUGCGGUUGUAGUAAGGUACUCAAGGAACACUUGGAGAUGGCAUCUGAACACCAUUUCCUCCAUAAGGACAGUUUGCACUACUCUUCGGGUUUUUGCUGUCUCAAGUUCAUUGAGUUUUGAUGACGCAGCCCACAUAUAUAUGGCACUAGUAAAGGAAGUUGCAUGAGCCGAAUUCAGUGGAUUGUUUACAUUUGCCAUGCCAUUUCUGGAAGGAAGUUGCAAUUAUUAUGAAAAUUGUUUCAA